UGUUUUUGUUGAUAGUACAAAUAACCAUAGUAGUAUUCCCUGCCAAUAGGCGGAGCUUCAUGAAGGGACCAUAUCUCGAUUUACGGACGAAGCUACCAGGCACAAGUACACGCAAGAUACAGAAGCCGCAAAUUAUACUAAUAUCUAAGUUCCAGAUUCGAUAGCUCGUUAGUGCAAGUCGCAGAUUGUAAGUAAUCAAGCACCUGAGGCAUCAACAUCUACUGCGUACACCGGGAGAUCUCUUCGUCCGGAUGACCAAUCAGGCAACAGUGACGUAUCCUCAUCAGCGCGGUGUUUGUCCCUAGUGAAAUCGGAGGUCCAGUGAUAGUUUGGCAUUCACUAUUUCCUUUUUCCCCGGUCACAUAUAUUCAUCUCACUUUGCUUUCAAUAUCUCAGUUUGGUGCUCUUCAGAGGUUACAUCUUUCUUUACCCCAAACUCAGCGCUCGAUAGCUGAACCGAGCUGUCAACCCAUAAUCCUUCCAAGAUGGAGCGUAACCCCGCCGAGAACGAUGAGGUGGUUUCUCAGUUCUGUGCAAUGACAGGCACACGUCCUGCAGAGGCACAAGAGUACCUGGCAGCCAAUGGGUGGGAUAUCGAGGCAGCGGUGACAGAAUUCUUCGCGGAACAAGACGAAGCCAUGCAAGGUGCAAACACAGUUGGUGGUCGGUCUCUUGGAGGUGCAGAUUCAGCUGCAUCAGCAGGUCGGUCACUAGGCGGCAGCUCUUCCCAGUCCGGAACUGCUACACCGCAGCAAUCUUCCUCUUCGUCGCGCAAACCCACCUCUAAGAAGAGAUUCGCAACGCUCGGGGAUUUUGCAUCUGGAGGCGGCGAUUCGUCCGAUGAAGAUGACACAGAGAAUCAAGAUUUCUUUGCUGGUGGUGAGAAGUCAGGACUGGCUGUGCAGAAUCCAGAUGACCUCAAAAGAAAGAUCAUCGAGAAAGCCAGAAAGACUCAGCUGCCGUCUUCUGAUGAACCCAAAACGAGACCAUCCUAUUUUACCGGUACUGCACGCACCCUUGGCGGUGACGACGCCCCCAGCCGGGUCAUCGAAAGCCCGAGUGCGCCUACACUACAGAGACCCCAGCGAGUACAAAGAACGCUUCACUUCUGGGCGGAUGGAUUCUCUGUCGACGAUGGUGAUCUCUUCCGUUCAGAUGACCCGCGAAAUGCGGAAAUUCUUGACGGCAUCCGACAGGGCCGCGCCCCGCUAUCGAUCAUGAAUGUACAACCAGGUCAAGAAGUCGACGUCGAGAUCAAGCAGCAUGAGGAAAAAUAUGUCAAGCCAAAGCCAAAAUACAAGCCUUUCUCAGGAACAGGGCAACGACUUGGCAGCCCGACUCCGGCCAUCAGAAGCCAAGCCCCUUCUGAGGCUCCCGCCCCUAGUCAGCCAAGCGCAGAGUCAGUCAAGCCUGACGUGGAUGAGUCGCAGCCGAUCGUGACCCUACAAAUCCGACUUGGUGAUGGAUCUCGUCUAACAUCUCGAUUCAAUACCUCGCAUACCAUUGGCGACGUCUACCAGUUCGUUUCCGCUGCCAGCCCAUCCAGCCAGAGUCGUCCCUGGGUGUUGAUGACCACAUUCCCGAACAAGGACCUUACCGACAAAUCUGCUGUCCUUGGUGAUCUACCUGAGUUCAAGCGAGGUGGUGUGGUUGUGCAGAAGUGGCAGUAAGCUACUGUUGUGGAAGUUAUGGCUCCUGGAAGUUCUGUUGCCCAGCUUGAACCCAUAGAAAAGAGGCACUUCUCUUGCAGGGAAUCAUAUUAUGAUCUCUUGACAAAAUUUGAGCCUAUGACACGAUUUAUGUGAUCCAGAUAUGGACGAGUAAAUAGGUAGACAAUUCCGGUCAAGGACGACUCGCAUAUCACGAACGAUCCUGCGCACGAGGACUUUAGAACUAAUAACUUUUUCCUAUCUAUUGCAG